AUGACAUGUAACGGUUGUUCUAAUGCGGUCAAAGGCGCUUUGACCAAGAAAGGAAUCGAGACUUCUGACAUCAAGAUCGAUCUUACUAGUAAAAUUGUCGAAGUUAAAACAGAUCUUACAGCUGAUGAAGUUCUUACUGCUAUUACAGCAAUUGGGAAAACUGCUGUAAAAGUGGAUUAG